AUGGAACAACUGACCAGUGACGACUGUCAGCAGGAGGAUGAGCUCAACCUUGAGCUCACCCUCCGCACCACGGCCGCGGCGGAGCCCGACGUCGGCUACUUCCUCUGCGUCUACUGCGAACGUAAGUUCCGCAGCUCUCAGGCCCUCGGCGGCCACCAGAACGCGCAUAAGCACGAACGUAGCGUCGCCGAGCGUCAGCGGCUGAUCCCUGCCACAACGCGCGCGCACGCCGUGCUCGUGGGCGCGCCUGCUGCGGCGCAGGACGAGAGGCAGCCCGGGUACCACCGUGGGGGCGGCGGCGACUUCAUGUCUGCGGCUGGGAAAGCGAGGAAGACUGCUGCUGGAAAGACGCACACGCACGGCAGGAGCUCGUCGGAGUACGGCUACGGCGCCGACGAUGUGGACUUGUCUCUCAGGCUAUGA